GAGGUUCCUACUCAAUGGAAGUCCUGGAGGUGGUGAACACCUGGAUGCAGGUGCUGUUCCUCGUGUCCAUUCUGGUGGCCGCCUGGGCCACCAACAUGCUGACUGGGAUGCUGAACAGUGUCUCCGGUGACUUCCACCCCAAGUCAAAGUUCGCGGCGCUCCAGACCCACGUCGGGCUGCACGCCCUCCUGUCCAUCGUCGGCGACGUCGUCACAGACUACCUGCCCUGCACCGCGCCGCUGACACCCACUCUGUGGACCAACUUGACGCUGUCGUGUCUGCUGCUGUUGGAGCUGGUGGUGCUGAGCCUAUGGGCCCGCAGGCUGUACUGCCGCGAGUCUACGCCGGUGGUGACGCUAGGGUACCAGCCACGAGGAGAUGCACAGGCUGAUGCGGAGGCUGGCGGAGGUCCGGAAGUCGCCAGUGCUGUGGUCACCACGCAGCCGAGGCAUCACAACGGGAUACAGCGCGCCAGAGAUCGUCCAGUCAACUCAAUCACCAUAGUCACGUGAUCCAGCCUAAUAUCUUUUCGAGCAACAGGAACCAGAUAUGUAGAAUAAUGCUCAGAAAAGCGCAAAGACCUCCACCAUCUGAUGAAACCAUUCACGUGUGUUCGUCAGUUUUAGACCAAGUUGCCCUUGGCUACUUUGUGUAAGUCUCUAGAGUUGUCUCCAGUUUGGCGAUUUGACAGCUCACAUUUCUAGUCCCUGCCUCCAUUAGUAGUAUCUGUCGGAAUGGGAACAUCUGAAAUCUUGGUGAGCCGUGUAUCGACUCGUGCUAAACGUUGUAUUUAGAUUGCAUUGGUUUUCCUUGUCUUCCCCUGACAUGUUUGUUGGAUAUGUUGUCAGUCAUUAAGUGACUGCAUGGUUGUUGUAGAAUCGGCCGUAUGUUGCGCAAACAUGGCGUAAAGACGAUUUUGAAACCGACAAGGAAGAUCAAAGAGUGUCUUAGAUCGGCGAAGGAGAAAAGAGACCCACUUGCAAUGUCGGGAAUAUACCGUAUACCAUGCACGUGCGGAAAAGUUUAUGUCGGAAUGACUGGACGAUCAAUUAACACCAGGAUCAAAGAACAUAAGCGGCAUUGCAGGUUGGGGCAGGUGGAGAAAUCGGCCGUGGCAGAGCACGCACUGAAUGAGACCGACCGCGUAAUAAAAUUCGCCG